AUGGAUUACCUCUUUUGGAGGAAGAAUAGCAUUAUGGAACCGGAAGAGGAUAGGGAUCCUUAUCCUUGGAUAAUCUGGUACAUUUGGAAAGUUAGGAAUGAUAAGCUAUUCAGAGGUAUAGAUAGGGAUCCAUUGGAGCUUGUCAGGUAUGCAGAGAGUGAGUGCCAAGCUUGGCACAAUGCAAAGAAUACUACACCUGCUCCUCCACAAGCGCAAACUGUGGAAGAAACACAAUCCUUAAGCUUGGACAAUAUUUGUAUGGUGGAUGGCUCUUGGACCGCCACUAAUCAAUUCAGUGGAAUUGGAUGGGCCUGGAAGGAUAGCUUGGGGAAGAUCCAACUUUUGGGGACACGGAACUUACAGAGGCGGGAGACACUACACUCGGAACUGGAAGCGCUGAAAUGGGCAAUGGAGAACAUGCUAUAG